AUGACCAUUAAUUUCACUCUGUCAGCAGGAACACCAGGGGCAGCAGGAGCAUCAAGAGCAGCAAGAGCAUCAUCAGUAGCAGCAGGUGAGUGCACAGCACCAUACCCUCCCCACCAUUAUUCCACCUCACGUCCCAGCAGGAGCAGCAAGAGCACCAGGAGCAGCAGGAACACUAUGAACAGCAGGAACAUCAGGAGCAAUAGGAGCAGCGCAGGAGCAGCAGGUAUAGCAGGAGUUACCGCAGGAGCAGCACCUCCCUCCUCUCCCCACCCCCUGUCCCACCAGGUUGACUCAAGCACUGAACAUCAGGAGGAACAGCAGGUAUGGCAGGAACAUCAGGAGCAGCAGAGACAGCAGGACAACCAGGAUAUGCAAGAGGAACAGAAGGAGGAGAAGCAGCAGCAGCAGCAGCAGCAGCAGCAACAGCAGCAGCAGCAGCAGCAGCAGCAGAUGCUUUCCUCCUCCCUUGUCUCGCCCGUCGCCUGCCCAGGUCUCAGCGGUUCCUAA